CUAAGUUUUCUGUAUUACCAGGGGUUCGCUGCGAUUUUGUCUGCGUAAAGCAGACUAAUUGUGAUAAAAAUUUGCCAUACAAACUUUCAUCCGCUAUUCUACUCGUAAAACCCCAGCCCGUUAUUUAAAUAGCGUUUCGAAUCGACCGCCCGCGCUUUUUCUUCAUUUGCUCAAUGCUCACUUCAUAUGGGUUGCCGCGUGAUAUAGAAUAAUCCAUAACAUUUUAAAAUAAUCGGGUUUUUAAAUGCAUUAAAGUUUUCAAAACCAACUGGAAGUUACCAAAAAUAGCGCGUUCACCAAAUAAACAAACAGCUUUAUGAUAAACAUAGAUACAGAUGUAUAACAACAUACCUACCAACCAUUUGUGAAACCGCCUGGAUUCUAGUUAAACUUGUGGCAGUAGUGAAUAAAACACUCUUUGGUAGUGGUACUGAUUUGAUUGUAGAGGUAUCUCAGAUUGAAGAAUCUUAUGAAUAUUGGACUCUGUUUGAGGUCUUUUUAACUUUCAAUGAUGCAAUUUAAGUAAACAUCAGUUUGCCUGACCAUUUUUCUGGAGAGAUUUUCCAACUAUGUGAGAGAUGGCUGAUAAGAAAGAUGGUGCUGCUCCAGAGGGGGAAGAAGAAUUCUCAGUGGAAAAAGUUCUAGACCGUCGUGUUAGAAAUGGGAAGGUGGAAUACUUUUUGAAAUGGAAAGGUUACAAUGACGAGGAUAAUACCUGGGAGCCAGAAGAAAAUCUUGACUGUCCUGACUUAAUACAAACCUUUGAAGAUGCAAGGAAGAAAAAAGAAGCUGAGGGCAAAGUAACCAAAAUCGAAAAGGAUGUAAAAAAGAGGAAAUCGUCAGCUGCAACAGCUGACUUAAAAGGAGCUAAGAAGAGUAAAAGUGAUGACAAAAAGACAGCUGGCUUUGAUAGAGGCCUGGAGCCAGAGAAAAUUAUAGGUGCAACUGAUAGUAGUGGUGAGCUGAUGUUCUUAAUGAAAUGGCAAGGAACUGACGAGGCGGACCUCGUACCGGCUAAACAGGCGAAUGUGCGAUGUCCCCAAGUUGUAAUACAGUUCUACGAAGAGAGAUUGACAUGGCAUACUCCAGCUGCAGAUGAAGGCACCAGUGAAGAUUAGGUACAACUUGACAAAAGCAAUGUCAGAAGAUACAUACUUAUCAGUUUGAUAUUUUAAUAGAAUGUAAUUGGUCUAGUUAAAAUUGUUACAUUAUAUAGGUACUAAGAGUGUACCACAGUUUUGGUCGAGUUAAAUUCUAAAAGUAAAAAAAAUACAGUGUGUAUAUAUAUUAUUAUUAUUAUUAUAUAAUAGACUAAGC